AUGACCACGGGACAUCGCAUCACGGAGCUCGGCGUGGCCAACUCGGGACGUGCAAGUCUGCGCUUGCUCCUAUGUCUCGUCUUGGUCGCCGUCGCCAACUUGAGCAGCUUCCAGGUCGGCUACGUCCUGGGCACGGGCACAAUCGAGCAGCGUCAGCUCGCAUCAGGGUCGUCGGGCCAAAACACAGAGCUCGUCACGGAGCCCGAGAUGCUGUCGCCCUUGAUUCCGACGGAAGAGCUCGAGAUCGACGAGGUGUUUUCAGCGCCGUCAGCGCCGCUUCCGACGAUUGCAGUCGAAACCACGGUCCAGCCAACGACAGUGACGCCGACAGUGACUCCGGUCGCAACGACUGAAGCGCCGACGCUGGCACCGACCACGGCGCUUCCGACACCCGAGCCCACGCCAGAGCCCACGCCUAAGGCGGCCAGUGAUGCCCCGACACCCGAGCCGACCACGGAGCUUCCGACAACAACGAUGACAUCGACACCAGAGCCGGUCACGGACGCCCCGACGCCGCCACCGACGACGUCGCCUACGCCCGUGCCUCUCGUCACCGACCAGCAUGGCAACGUGUACCCGACAGACCCCGAAGGCAAGGUCGACUGCGCCGUGCACAACAUGGGCCACUUGGUCGAAGAUUACGUCAACAAGACCGAGUGCUACCCCGUCUCAGAGCGCCGCGCCCGCAUUCGAACCAUGCUGCUCGAAAUCACUCGGGCGUUGGAGCACCACGGUAUCGAGUACUGGCUCGACAGCGGCACGCUCCUCGGCGCAGUCCGCGGCGGCGACAUCAUUCCCCACGACGUCGACGCCGACAUUGGCUUGACGCAAGCCUCGAUGAACGAGCUGCGGCACACAAAUCUCUCGACGCUCUUGCCGCGCUACGAGCUCUUCCUUCGCGACAGUCCGCUGUACCGGGACGGCCCGUACUGGUAUCUUCCAGGACGGUUUGUCGACAAGCACACGGGGCUGUACACGGACGUCUUUGAGUUCUUGCCGUCGCAGCAGCCGGCCAACAGCUCCUUUUCCACCGCUAAUGGUACGGUCGGGGCGCUGCUAUUGCCGUCGGCCAACGCCUUUGUGAACGGGACGGUCGAGAUGCUCGGGCCCGUCACGUCGGGCUGCUGGUGGACGUGCAAGUACUGCGCCGAUGCGUGGCACUUUAACGUCCCGCGCGACUGGAUAUUUCCGCUGCGACGGUGCUCAAUUGAUGGCAGGAGCGCGAUGUGUCCCGCGCAGCAUGACAAGUACCUUACUAUGCUCUACGGCGAGACGUACAUCAUAGUGUCCUAA